AUGAAGAUUUUGACGUUGCUUUUGGGAGUGAAGACACUGUGUUUCUUAACGUUCACUUCACUCUCUCAUACUCUGGCAGUCAAUAACAGUGGCAGAUGGUGGGGGAUCGUGAACAUACCUUCUUCCUCCAACCUGCUGACCGACUCCAAGUACGUGCAGUUGGUGUUGGACCCCAGUUUGCAGCUGUUGAGCAGAAAGCAACGCAAAUUGAUCCGGCAGAACCCAGGGAUACUGCACUCCAUCACCAACGGCCUGCAGAUGUCCACCAAGGAGUGCAAGUGGCAAUUCCGCAACCGACGCUGGAACUGUCCCACCUCCCAGACCCCCAACAUCUUUGGGAAGAUCGUCAACAGAGGUUGCAGAGAGACAGCCUUCAUCUUCGCCCUGACCAGCGCGGCAGUGACCCACUCGGUUUCCCGCUCCUGCUCGGAGGGCUCGGUCGAGUCGUGUACCUGUGACUACAAGCGGCGAGGCCCGGGAGGGCAGGACUGGCACUGGGGCGGCUGCAGCGAUAACAUUGAGUUCGGCCGCAUUUUCGGCCGCGAGUUCGUAGACUCGAGCGAGAGGGGCAGAGACCUGCGUUACUUGACCAACCUGCACAACAACGAAGCUGGCAGACUGACGGUCCACGCCGAGAUGCGCCAGGAGUGCAAGUGCCACGGGAUGUCGGGCUCGUGCACGGUCAAAACCUGCUGGAUGCGCCUGCCUGCCUUCCGCACGGUCGGCGACCUGCUGAAGGACCGCUUCGAUGGCGCCUCCCGGGUCACCUACGGCAACAAGGGCAGCAACCGGGCGUCUCGGGCCGACAUGAGGCACCUGGAGCCCGAGAACCCGGCCCACAAGCCCCACUCGCCCCAGGACCUGGUCUACUUCGAGAAGUCGCCCAACUUCUGUGCCGCCAACGGCAAGAUGGGCACCGUGGGAACCGCCGGCCGAGCCUGCAACAACACGUCACUGGGUCUGGACGGGUGCGACCUGCUCUGCUGCGGCAGGGGUUUCCGCACGAGGACGGAGAGGGUGACCGAGAGGUGCCACUGCACCUUCCACUGGUGCUGCCACGUCAGCUGCUUGAACUGCACGACCACACAGACUCUUCACGAGUGUCUCUGA